AUGAAGACUGCAACCGUCCUUCUCCUCGCUCUCUCCAUCGCGAGCAGCGCCUCCGCCGCCGCCGUUGUCGACCCCAGCGCAAACACACGCCGCAUCGGACCGCCGGGCAGCGGCAACAACAGCUACAACAACACCCCUCGCUCACCCAUUGCCGCCGCCGCCGCCGCCGCCCCUCCCGGCCCCUACAACGCCACAUCCACGCCAUCUCCCUCCUCCCCCGCCCACAUCACCUCCCUCAAAGCCGCCUCGCGCCGCCGACCCUGGGGCGACUGGGGCAGCUCACGCAGCAUGAAGCAGCGACGAUCGAGCGACAGCUCCGACGACGACGACGACGACGUGGCCGCCUUCGUCGUGUCCUCCGGCCUGCUCAAGGGCACCGGCACCAAGAGCGGCAGCGCCAACGCCGGGAGCAUCGACACUCCCAGCAACAGCAACAGCAACAGCAACGCCGAGAGCAACAACAUCGGCACUACUAGCAACGACAACACCAACACCGUCAACCCCUCCGCCGCUACCACUGACAACAACAACGACGACGACGACUACGCCGCGCCCCGCCGCCGCCCAGGCGGGUGGCCGCACUUCCGCCUACCACGCUCUAGCUCAUCUACUUCUGACGACGACGAUGACGACAACAGCAAACCCACCUACACGCCCAUCGCCACCUGGGCCGGCAUCAUCGUGGGCGCGUCGGCGGGGGCGUCGCUGCUGGCGGCGGGGCUGUACGCGGGCGUGGUGAAGCGGCGGCAGCGGAGCGCGAGCCGCGCGGAGCGGCAGGCGCUGUACGCCGAGAAGCGGGAGGAGGAUGAUCGGCGGGUCUGGGAGGGCGAUGACGAGCAUGAUGUUGGGGAUUGGGGCGUCGGGCAUGGGACCAGGGCGGGCGAGGUGGUGGUUGGGGGGGAUCCGGAGAAGGGGGGCGUGGUGGUGGAGGUGCAGGAUUAUAGGGGGGUUAGUAGGGGGUGA